GUCGCCGACGCGGCCUACUACGACCUGCUCGGCGUGCCCACGGACGCGACGGAGGCCGCGAUCAAGAAGGCCUACUACAAGCGCGCGCUCAAGCUGCACCCGGACAAGAACGGCGGCGACCCCGCGGCCGCCGCGACGUUCCAGAAGGUCGGCGAGGCCUACCAGGUGCUGUCGAACCCCCAGCUGCGGCGCGCCUACGACGAGGGCGGCGCGGGCGGCCUCGGCGACGUCGACUUCCUCGACCCGUCGACGUUCUUCGCCAUGGUCUUCGGG